UCCGCCCCCCUCUCCAAAAUACUAAAAUGCUGAUCUCACUAAGCAGCCUGUGCGUCCCUGCCUGUGCGCUAAGCCGAGAGACUGCCCUCCACCCAACGCAGAGGAGCCUUCUCCUCCAUUUCUUUGCCCCUCCCUGUGCCCUUUUCACGCAUUUCAUCUGAAGACAGAAGGCCAACACCAUGUCAAAAACAGAAAAGCAAGAUUACCGAAACAUCGAUGAGGAUGCAAUUCUCAAGGGACUCAGUGCUGAAGAGAUUGAGCAGCUGGAGUAUGAACUGCAGGAGAUGGACCCUGAGAAUGCUAUGCUGCCAGCAGGCUUUCGUCAGAGAGAUCAGACUAAGAAGAGUCCGACUGGGCCCUUCAAUCGAGAUGCCUUGAUGGAGCACCUGGAAAAAUCAGCUUUAGAAAUGGCUGACCGAGAGGACCUUGUGCCUUUCACUGGGGAGAAGAAAGGGAAGCCAUUUGUCCCCAAACAAACAAAACGUGAGAUUCCAAAGGAAGAGCAAAUCACCCUGGAACCAGAGUUGGAAGAGGCCCUCGCCAAUGCCACCGAUGCGGAGAUGUGUGAUAUUGCAGCUAUUCUGGGAAUGUAUACCCUCAUGAGUAACAAACAAUAUUAUGAUGCACUCUGCAGUGGAGAAAUUGCCAACAAGGAGGGAAUUAACAGUGUUGUUCAGCCAGACAAAUACAAGAUCUAUCCAGAUGAGCCACCAAAUCCUACCAACGUGGAUGAAACGCUAAAGAAAGUGCAGAGUAAUGACAAGAGUCUGACUGAUGUUAAUCUUAACAACAUCAAGGGCAUUCCAAUACCAAAGCUGAAAGACAUUUUUGAUGCUAUGAAAAAAAACACAUCAGUUAAGAGCCUGAGCAUCGCGGCCACAAGAAGCAAUGACCCUGUUGCAUAUGCUGUAGCAGAGAUGCUUCAAGAAAACAAGACAUUGCAGAGUCUGAACAUUGAAUCAAACUUCAUUACCAGUGAAGGAAUGAUGGCCAUUGUAAAAGCCCUGGAAAAAAACACAACACUGAGUGAAAUUAAAAUUGACAAUCAGCGACAGAGGCUUGGAGAUUCAGUGGAAAUGGAGAUUGCUGCAAUGCUGGAAAAGAACCCAUCCAUUGUAAAAUUUGGCUAUCACUUUAACCAGCAAGGACCACGUGCAAGAGCUGCCAUUGCAAUCACGAAGAACAAUGAUUUCUUGCGCCAGAAGAGAAUGGGCUGAAUGAAAAUCUCUCAGUGGAUGCCAGCUGAUUUUGUGAAGGGUGCACUCCAAACCAAAACCCAUCUGCCUGCUACUCUGCCCACAAUGGAUACCCUGCCAUGUUUCCAGCCAUUUGCAGAGUGCACUUCCUUCUUCAGUGCCUUACCCAGACAGAGGUAUCCAGGUCUGGUACCCGUCCUCAUGACAAGGUUUUUAAAGGCAAAAAGUAACUUAGCCUUCAGUUUCUGUUCCUUGGAUGCUCAAAUUCUACUAUUAUGCUUGCUUUAAAAAAAAAGAGAGACAGGCUGUUGUUUUCUUGGCCCUUCAGUCAAUUAUUCGAUUUAAUAAAUAUAUUUCUUGCUGUCAUGCCUAGUGCCACUUGUUUUUGCUCAUUAUUUACAAA